GCUGUGUGUGCAAUGCUGCAUUUGGGGGAUUUGAAAUGAGGAACCUUUGCAAGUUUUUCCCUGCUUCAGCUGUUGGUGAGGGUUUGCCCCUUCCCCAGACGCUCUCCCACCCAUUGCAACAGGAGAACAGCAACACACUAAAUCCCUGGUUAGUAAGCUCUGCCAAGGAAAGGGAAGUAUUUGAAAACAUCAGAAGCCAUGUUUGCCAGACAGCCAGAAGCUGGAAAUGCCAACAUCUCAGGGGAGUUCAACGUGGAGAGCCCCCCGCAAGUCGGCGAGGAUGUCAAAUUAAUCUUGAGGUUGAGAAACCAUACAUCUGAAAUCAAGAGCUUGACGGCUAAUGUGAUGGCUUCGACCAUCAUCUACACUGGGAACCGUGUCCGAAAGGUCUGGAACAGCUCCCUCCCAGUGAUUCUUGGCCCUAAAGAAGAGAAAGCAUUUCCUCUCAAGAUCUCUUAUGCUGAGUACAGGGACCACCUGACCUCAGACAAUAUGAUUCAAGCGACUGCUUUAUGCCAAGUAGAAGAUGGGAGCCAAGCUCUGGUGGAAAGAGUCAUCGUUCUAGACAACCCUCCUGUGCUCAUGAAGGUGCUGGGCCAAGCGAAAGUGGGUGAGGAAGUGAAAGUGGAAGUGAUGUUCACCAACCCCCUGGAGGAGGAGCUGAAGGACUGUGUGCUGCGGGCGGAAGGCAGUGGUUUGAUGGUGGACGUAUGCAAAAUAAAGAUGCCAUCAGUGAAGGCGAAGAAGAGCUCCUGCGUCCACCUUCCAAUCACUCCCAGCAAGAGCGGGACCAAACAUCUGGUCGUCAAUUUCUCCUGUGACAAAUUUCAACACAUCAAUGCCUUUGAGACCAUUAUAGUGGACGAAUGAUUCUGAAGCGCAAGCUGUGGUCCUCCAGGCGAUGCUUGUCCCAAAAGACAGAACAAGGCCAUGGCAGCUAGGACCAAAGGUUUCACACAAUGCUGUGGGAGCAUUAAAUUGGCAAAUAUUUAUUUACCGAAAUUCUUGUUAAUCGUGAAUAAGCACCUCGAUCCAUUCACAUGAUUUAAAGGUUACUUUGGCCUACCUAAGCUAUCAUAGAGUUACUCAGCUAGAGGGAAGUUAGGUCAGUUAGAUUGCUUAGCUCAAGCGCAAUGGUGAAAUGGUGCUUGAAAUUUCACAACAGAAUCAUAGAAUCAUAGAAUAGCAGAGUUGGAAGGGUCCUACAAGGCCAUCAAGUCCAACCCCCUGUUCAAUGCAGGAAUCCACCCUAA